AUGGUUAAACGAGCAAAUCUUAAAUAUUUAGGUUUAACUUUGGUAGUACUUUUCUUUUUUCAUUGGGCAUUAAUAAAAAAUCGUCCAAAGUCAAGCUUCUCAACGCCAUGGGUACUACCAGAUCCUGAUUUAACAAGUAAAGUCGUAGUUCCCAAUGGAAUUGAGAUGAAUUAUACUAAAGAACCAGACCGAGCCAAUGCAUGUUUUGUAGUUUUGAUUAGAAAUAGUGAUUUACAUAACUUUAGACCGACUAUGAGACAACUUGAAGAUAGAUUUAAUCGUAAUUAUAAUUACCCAUAUGUAUUUUUAAACGAUGUUCCAUUUACAGAAGAAUUUAAGAAAUACACUAGUGCUUUAACUAAGGCCAAAACAGAAUAUGGUUUAAUUCCAUAUGAAUAUUGGAGUGUUCCAGAUUAUAUAGAUAUGGGUGUUGUAAAGCAAAAUAUGGAAAAAAUGGAGAAUGAUCAAGUUUUGUACGGUGAGUUUGCUUUAAAUUAUCCUGAAUACAUUGAAACUGAUAAUUUAAUGGAAUUUUUAUCAGAUGAUAAUGGAAAAACUUAUAAUUUGUGCCAUUUUUGGUCAAACUUUGAAAUCGCUGAUUUGAAUUUGUGGAGGAGUGAGGCAUAUUUGAAAUACUUUGAUUUUCUUGAUAAAAAAGGUGGAUUUUUCUACGAACGGUGGGGGGAUGCACCUGUUCAUUCAAUAGCUGCAGCACUCUUCUUAAAAAGACACCAAGUGCAUUUUUUCAAAGAAAUUGGAUAUAAACAUGAUCCUUUCAUGCAUUGUCCUAGCGAAGAAGAAUUACAAUUAAAAUGUCAUUGCAAUCCUGACGAUAGUUUUGAUUUUAAUGGAUACAGUUGUACUGGAAAGUUUCUUGAAUUAGCAACAAAAUGGAAUUCACAAAACCUUCUGGAAAAUACUGUAAAUAAUUAA